GACAGUCUCUUUCUAUAGCUUGUGUAUGAAAUCUAUUUUAUUGCUCGCAAUGGUGACGUUUACGGAUAUUAAUAUGGCAGGCACGCCACCUACUUCUUCGUUGACAUGCAAGGCAGUGAUAUAUUACAGCCUGUUGCACAUUAAUAUCUCGCGUAAAGUUAUUCUUUCUUGGCGUGUAUUGUACAGGUAUGUAACACGUGGUUACUAAGCAACUGAAGAGAAAGGAUGCGGUUGCUAAGAUACUAACGCGGAACUGCCUGUCGGCUGCAGCAUCUGCACAUGAUGUCCAACGCUGUUCAGGACUGUCGAUGGUCCAGAAGAAGGUAACGCACUUAAGAUGAGAUUGCAUUUUUCAAGCCAAAAGAUGUAGAAGAGCCCCCAGAAGGUUUCACCUGAACUGACAAGCUCGACUUUGCCUAAACCCACAUAAACAGAACCGUCUUCUUACUCCCAUAAACUAUACUCGGUCUAUAUAGCUAUUUACCAUUGCGGUCGUACGAGAUUACUGCGCUACGAACUGUAGCUUGAGCAAUGACCAGCUGUUGUAAAUUGUAUAUAUUGUAGCGCACAUUCCAGUACAUACAGAAUUAUUUCAGGGUACGCGGCUACUUCUGUAGGUCACGUCACAAAAAGCCCGUAACAUCGCUGUGUCAAUAGCAGGACCGUAUCUGCCUAUAUGUCUCUGUAGGCUGCUUGAGCAAAGUUAGUAACCAACCCCUACGCCACAGAUAUUUCGCUAGCAAAAGCAUUUAACCACGUCAAACAAAUCAAAACGAGGGUUGAUCAAAGUUGCCUAUACAACGCUGAAACACCUGUAUGUGCUGUAUCUCCCAAAGCUACGCAAACAAAACCAUUGUUUUGUGUGUCAUUUUACUGGGCGUUACUGGGUUCUAUUAAGAAGCUACAAUAUGUAUCGUCAUUAUUAUAUAAACAUUAUUAUUAAUUUUAAUUUAGGUUUAAAUUCUAUUAAAUUGUGUGUUUGCAGCUUACUGCUCUCUCCUUUGCGACUGAUGCAUUUGUAAAACAGGUUUGGGAAUUGGUAGGCUACCACGGUAGUCAACGGUGACGGCAAGAAGUUAAUUUGUAAAGGCAACACGAUUGCAUUUGACGAUAAACUGCCUUAUUUGAGCUGUGCGGCUACGUGUGCUGUCACAUCUCAUCCACACUCUGAGCCUUUUCGGAUGCUGUGAAGGUUGCCGAAUUGUCAUUUCACGCAGACGAGGCUCCUGGCGUAGCCAAUGUUUUUCCAUUCUUUCUUACGCGGAGGCAUUGAUUUUCGUCUUGUGCAAGCUGACGGGCGUUUUGACCCUGUGAUGUGUCGGUGUUCUCUCGCGGAAAAGAGGGGGAUGUUUUCACAGUGUACCUCGCUCUUGCCACCUGAGCCACUUAUCUGCGGGCGUGAGGCGAACGAAUUGAACUCAAGCAGAGCUUCCUCUGGUCAAUAACGCAGGUGGAUCUGCGGAGCACUGGAAUCCACAACGCACACUGAUCUGAGCGUCUGACCUGCGCUUUACAAGAAACCCGGGGGGUGUUGGCCUAUGAAUGGGACCGCACCGUGCCCGCUGCCGCCGCCUCUGCCCCUGCUGCGACUAUGAGGCUCCCGGGCGCCAUCUUGAAUGCACUGGCCCGUGGCUUGCGAGAACAGGGAGGGCGGGGCGGGAGGCAGAGGGCGCGGCGGGGGCGGCGGGGGCGCGUCGCCGCCCUUCCGGAUCGCGGUGCUCGGGGCGCAGGGCGUGGGGAAGACCGCCAUCGUGCGCCGCUUCCUCUGCGAUGACUACCGCGAGGCGCCCUCGCCCGGCCGCGCCCGCCGCGUCUACCUGUCGGCCGCCGUCCUCAACGGGCACGUGCACGACCUCCAGAUCACCGACUACCCCGCCAUCCCCGCCUUCCCCGGGAGCAGCCUGCAGGAAUGGACCGACUCCUGUUGCCGAGGCAUCCGCAGCGCCCACGUCUACAUCCUGGUCUACGACAUCUGCUGCUUCGACAGCUUCGAAUACGUCAAGACCAUGCGCCAGCAGAUCCUAGAGACCAGGGUGCUGGGCACGGCGGAGACGCCCAUCCUGAUCGUGGGGAACAAGCGGGACCUGCAGCGCGGGCGGGUCAUCCCGCGGCACAACGUCUCGGACCUGGUGCGCAAGAGCUGGAAGUGCGGCUACGUGGAGUGCUCGGCCCAGUUCAACUGGCACAUCCUGCUGCUGUUCAGCGAGGCGCUGCGCAGCAUGGGCUGCGCCCGCUGCAAGCACGUCCACGCCACCAUCCGCUUCCAGCGCGCCCUGCGGCGGGAGCGCUGCGCCGUCAUGUGACCCUGCCCUCCUGGGGGGGG